AUGCGCUGUGAGUCAUAUCCUCUUUGGUUUGACUUCCUUUGGGUUUUUGUGCACAAAACGUGACGACAAACGCAAACCAAUGCCGACUAAACACGUGGUGGAGAUCGGAAGGGUAGCGGUGCCGACUAAACACGUGGUGGAGAUCGGAAGGGUAGCGGUGGUGCACUUCGGGCCCUUCGCCGGCAAGACUGCGGCCAUUGUCGAUGUGAUCGACCAAAACAGGGCUCUGAUCGACGGCCCGGUCACUGGUGUCCAGAGACAGGCCAUUCAGUUCAAGAGACUUCGCUUGACUCAGUUCCGCAUUCGUAUUCCCAACGGAACCACUUCUGCAGUGGUGGCCAAAGCCUGGAAGAAGGACGACAUCACCGCCAAGUGGUCCCAAACACAACAGGCGCAGCGAUUGCACGCCACACAACUCAAGAAGUCGAUGAAUGAUUUCGAUCGCUUCAAACUCUACAAACUUAAGCAAACGGUGAACCGAGCGGUGAAUCGCAAGUUUGUUGUCCUGAAAGCUAAGGCAUCGAAACAACAGAAAGAAAAGAGACAACAGUUGGAGAAGAAGGAGAAAAAACCGAAGAAGAAAACGGCAAAGAAGCCGAAGACCGCUAAAAAAUAAUUGUUUUUAUUUGAAUAUAAAUUAAACCAAAUAAAAGAUUUUGAUUAAAA